GUGAAUUAUCAGGUCAGUUAAUCUCCUCGGAAAGGGAACGAAGUAACACAAAACUUGAUGGGAGUCCCUGUCUGUGGACGCUUGGUGGACGCCAAUACCGCCAACAUUACGUGAUCAAGGCUAGUUUGCUUCUUCACUGCCUAUCUGAUACAUUCAGUCAUAAAAUAAACUCUGACCCAAAUUGGCUCCACGGAAAAACAUGAGCUGAGCGAGUUUGAAGCGAGUUUGCGCACGAGCUGCACGGGACGAUCCAGGGAAACGAGGGAAUGGAAUACAACUACGAGAAAGCAUGAAUUAGUGGGCAAUUAGAUCGGCGGAAGAAGUUCAUAUGCGCUGACUUUCCGAAUUCCCGACACCUUCCAUUGUUCUGUGGCCACGUACGAAAGGGUGCAGGCACUAGGUGGAUUUUGGUCCAGAUCCUCCACGGUAUGCAGAAGCAAUAACUCGAAUAACUCGAGGGAUGUUGGUGGGUCUUCCAGGCUUUCAAAAGGAGACGCUGAUUGUGGUAGGAUCUCAUCAGUUCCGUUAUCGAAGUACGAGGUCCCUCAAAUUCAUGCCUUCAACCAAAACAACCGUUAUUCAAGCAGCACAAGCACACAGUCACCUUGGUGGUAAUUUCUAGAAGUCUCGACAAAAACUGAGGAGGGAAGCGGGACGAUUACCAGUAUAUUGCGCACCAUAGCAACAGCCCACAACCCUGCGCAAUAUAACUUACCUUUGAUCUAAACCACCACCUACUGCAACCGAGCCACGCAAUCUUUGCGAUCCCUCUCAUUCGUUAUUCUCUUGAUCUUAUUCCUUCCAAGUUCUUCGGUGGCUGGCUUCCGCUCGAACGUCGCAAAAAGGAUAACGUUGUGUUAGAGUUUUGGAACAGGUACAUACUCGCUUAGCACUGUUUACCCUGGGUCGCUGUAUUUGGACCCGUAUCUUUUAAUUUUCUUUCAAAUUCUCCUCCUCUCCAGCUUUGACCCGAAGCCAACACGAAGCACUUCAUUCGGUUUCACGCGUCGAAAACUUCGUAAUUCGUGAGUUUUGGUUCGACGCGUCUCGGGAUCCGGCGGAGAAACAAUAACACUCCCUCAGUCACUGUGAUUUUUACCCUCUUGUCAUUCCUUUUCCCUCUCUCGUUUGAUGCUUCCUCCCAUUCUGAAUACUUGCUCAUGGGUUCCUUUUCACCCACCGUGCGACAGCCUAUUUACGGACGUUAUUUGAAGCACAAUCACCCCCACAUCAACACCAAGGCCAAGGUCUCUGGCGUCUCCGAGGAUCUUGUAAGACAGGGAGCUGGAGCUCCAGAGAAAAGAUUCUCCAGCUCACCAACCCAGAUGACCGAAGGGUCUGAGCGCUACCCAUCAUGGUUACCCAAACGACCCGACCCUCCUGCGCCAACUUCCCUUCGUUCCUUUACUGGCAUAUUGGAACCUUCUUCACCCGGUCUCGGACAUCCGACCUCGCCCAUAAUCGGUGGCCGUAAACCUACCCCACGGUCAAUUCGAAUCGUCAGUUUUGAACGAAAGGAGGCAUUCGACAGAGACCAGAGACAAGCAAGUGACUACACGCGCGUAGCUUCUCCACUGUAUCCCCGCGUGUGGUCGAGAGGAGUCACUCCUGGUCUGUCGCCCACAGUCGGCGUUAGCACUCCUCCUCGCGUGCCUCAGCCCCGAUUCCGUUCAAGAGAGGUCAAUUUUGACAUUUUACGCAAUCCGUCCCUCCUUUCACAUAUCUAUUUCUAUCUAUUCCCCAUUUUAACUUUGGCUCAUAAUCCGCUCCAAACAUUUCUUGACUUCAAUUGUGUAUUCAUGUUGGUCCAAGUCUCGAAGUUCCCUAGCCCCAAAGCCCCAGAUGUCCCUGGAUCUGGCAGAAAUUGGGUGUUGGGUGUGACCGCAUACGUUGCUUGUUGGCUCAUUUGGAUAAUAAUCAUAUUCAUUGUUUAUGAAAUCAUUUAUUCUUUUGUUCGUAGAUGGCGUACCAAACGCCCAUCCAUAUUCCCAAUUUACACCUCAACCCCUGCUCGGAAUCUCGCCUCAAUGACAUCCUAUACGACCUUCUCCUUUCUUCUUCACAUUCGGUAUUCUGCAUUCAUACCUGCAAGAGGUGGUUCGAUAAGGGAUGGCCUUGCCGAAACGUUCUACUUUUACUCUCAGAACCUUCCUACUGUCGCCUUACUGUUACCGCGAGCUGGACUUAGUCUCGCGUUGCUUCUUGCGUUCUCGACACCCGAUCCCAAUGUUUUGACGCUGGUAAGCCAGGGCUCUAGUGCAGGAAGGGACGCCACGUUCUUCAACCGAGAUGGAACUUUGACUGCCUAUGCUAGUGGGAUACUCAAGGCAAACGUUGCAUGGACUCUUUGGAGGGCUUUGGUUCUUUUGAUCAGUUGGAUCGGCCUCUGGAUACUCUCAGGACAUGCUUGUGCUGGUCUCUGUGGUCCGCGAUAUCGUUGGGAGGAAGAGGAUCUGCAUGAGAAGAACCGCUCUUCACUCUACAGUCUUGGUGCCAAAGAUACAGAGGCAGCAUGCUAUGACCCCGAUGCUCCACUGCCCUGGUCUUGGAAAGAGGGAACUCGGACGCGUAUCUGGGAUGCUUACGUCUUUUGUUCCAAUGGCAGGCGUGGUGGUGGAGGUGGAGGAGAAGAAGGUGUUCCUCAACUACCUUACCCAGAUUCACCUGGUAGCUUUGAGGGCAUUGAAAGGUUAAUGGCUGCUGUCGGAUUGGCUCCUUCACCCACCUCAACUCAACACAAACGAGGUGCUCUUUCCGAAGAUGUCUACAGGACGCCGACUCAAUCUGUGGCUAGUGGGAAUAGAGUCAAGUCGAGCCCUCCGUUGGGAGUAAGUCCACUUGAUUUGACUGCUAUUAUACCAAAGAUUGUGCCGCGCACGUCAAGAAGCGACCGUGUACCUCAAUCGCCAGAAAGCGGAGGCCCUUUAGCGCAGUUACCUUAUCCUUUUGCUUCGAAGGGCAUCGCUCGGGUAUCAAGUGCAGACGUAGAGGUAGCGAGAAAUAAUUCGAAGGUGCCUUUCCCACCUUCACCAUCUUUCAAAAGCGCAGCCAAAUCUUCGUCUUCAAAAAGCGUGGAUAGAAGCACUGGUCAGGUCGAUGAGGAAGAUGAUGAUGAAGAUGAUGACGAUGAAGAUGAGGUGACCGAGACAGAAGACACGGGUAGGGGAACAUCAAGUGGAGAUCCUUCGUCCCCCUCUGCUCGCCCAUCAACCUCCCUAUCCUCUUUAGGUCGACCAGUGCCCCCUCGUUACCCUUUCAACUUCCGCCAGCCCUUUGCAAGCGGCUCACAGAUGACACCUUCAUCAAACGGACGCUCGAUUGCUUCCAUGGUAUCCCACCAGACGCAUUCCACGCAGAUGUCACGCUCUACUGCAUCAACAGGAAAUUACGACUCCACUGAUUACUCCCCUCGUUCACAGUGUACUUCAUCAGAUCCUGCUAGUCCUGACAGUGCUCUAGGUGCUCUAGGUAUCCCCAUGCCUCCGCCUCCGAGAACCCAGCGCUUAGGAGCGCGUGCGCGGGCAGGAACUGUACCCGCUGCAGGGACUGGGUCGUCUUCGUCAUCAUCACCUAACGUCGGUUUCCCUCGCUCUGGUAGACAGAGAGCUCGUACGAGGGGUGGAAGCGCUGGGAGAUUUGUGGAAGCCUUCGGUCAGCCUGCGGCAUAUGGUAUGUCAUCUCCUGAACCAGGGUUGUACAGUUCGGAUGUUGAGAGAGAGUAUGAGGAUGAAGGUGUGGAGGGUGUGGAAAAUUUGGAGGAGUCAAUGAUGAUGGAGCAACCUGAGCCUGAUGGACCUCAAGAAGAAGAGGAGGGCGAUGAUGUUGUAGCGUUACUUUCUAGCUCGCGAGGUCAGAGUCCGCGGGGGUCCUUACGUCAAAGGGCUAACAGUACGACAUCCUUGGCUCAUCGUCGUUCCAGUUUAGGUGGAUCGAGUGGAUCCGGAGGCAGCGGUAGUCCUUUAGGCUCUAAUCCAAGAACACAUUCGCAUUCUGGGUCAUCUUCGGGGAGAUCUCGGGCUGGUUCUAUGACAGGUGCUGCGGUACACUCAAGGACACAAUCGCUCCUUCAAACAGUGAGAUCCGCGUCACGGUCUAGUUUGGAGAUGGUCCAGAAUACGGUGAUGCGGUCUCGGGCGAACUCGAUGGCGAGAUUAGAGGAUGAUGAUUAUCAACCCUCUGAUAGGACACACUCGCGCUCGGGUAGUGCCUCUGAUGCUAUUACCAGUGGUGGGGAAGGCAAUACAUUUGGUUAUCCGAGUCCUUGGUAUCGAAGGGAACGUACGGUCAGUGAGGAACAAGAGCUGUCUACUAGUACCAGCGUUCCUCAGACACCUCGUGUUCCGGAUAUUUAUGUACCGGAGCCGUCGGGUUCCUAUUCUCAAGAGAUGUCUCGACCGGACCUUCGAGAGGCACGGUCGGAUUUAUCUGGGAAUGCGCCUUCGUUGCAACCAUCGGAAAGCACCGUUCGCGGUGAGGUCUCAGAUGUGCCUUCAAACGUUGGAUUAAUGCGGCAGCGUUUGGAAAAUACCACUACAGAACCCACCAGGGAGCGGUGAAACGCUUGAACCGACGAUAAUUUGGCACGCUCUGAUAAACCGAAAUAUCUUCCCGAACCUUGCACUUCACGACAUUGAAGAACUCAAGCCUCAACUCCCAAGUUGUACAAUUUACCGCAACCCCUCCUCUUCCGAAUUCUUGUGGUCGAGUUAUACCAUUUCUCACUCGUUCGUCAUGAUACAGUUCUCAUAUCUGGUAGUUGUAUUACAAGGUUUUCUUUUUACUCUUACUCGAGUAUUACGGUCCUUUUUAAGCGAAGCUCAGUCAAUAAUCUCAGAUUCAAAUUAAAGCAUGUAGAUAUCGUUAUCAACCUUUGCCAAGCAACACGUUCCUUUUCUCCGUA